AUGUCCAGCGUUAACUGGAAACCUUUCGUUUUUGGCGGACUGGCUUCCGUAACGGCGGAAUGUGGUACGUUCCCCAUUGAUCUAGCCAAGACACGUCUACAGGUUCAGGGUCAAGUGGGCGACAGUAAAUACCGAGAGAUCAGAUACCGUGGCAUGUUGCAUGCUAUCGUCAGGAUAGCUCGGGAGGAGGGGGUUCGGGCUCUGUAUUCAGGAAUAGCUCCUGCCAUGCUGCGUCAGGCAUCCUAUGGAACCAUUAAAAUCGGCACAUACCAAAGCCUCAAGAGGUUAUUCGUGGAAAGGCCCGAAGAUGAGACUAUGCUGACCAAUGUGCUAUGUGGCAUUCUUGCUGGAGUCAUCUCUUCAUCAAUUGCCAACCCCACUGAUGUGCUGAAGAUUCGGAUGCAAGCCCAGGGUAGAGUGAUCCAGGGAAGUAUGAUGGGCAACUUCAUUGACAUCUAUCAGCAGGAAGGGACCAGGGGACUGUGGAAGGGUGUCUCUCUAACUGCACAGCGAGCAGCUAUUGUGGUCGGAGUGGAGUUGCCCGUCUAUGACAUCACCAAGAAGCAUCUCAUCCUGUCCAGCCACAUGGGCGACAACGUGUACACACAUUUCUUGUCUAGCUUUGUAUGUGGCCUGGCGGGGGCUUUGGCCUCCAACCCGGUGGAUGUAGUCCGGACGCGUAUGAUGAAUCAACGAGGAGGAACUUUGUAUCAGGGAACGCUUGAUUGUAUCGUGCAAACAUGGCGCUCAGAGGGUUUCAUGGCCCUCUACAAGGGUUUCUUCCCCAACUGGCUUCGUCUGGGCCCGUGGAACAUCAUUUUCUUCCUCACAUAUGAGCAGCUCAAGAAGCUCAAAAUAUGA